CCGUUUUCAAAGGCACUUCUAGAAUGCUGAGCUUUAGAUUGUUUAAAGGUACAACUAGGAUUUUGUAGAGAUUUGAGCUUUAUAUUAGUAUAGCUAAUACUUUUUAUCUGUUUUGUUGUAGUAUGAGCUUUGGCAGCUAGGUGGGUUGCUGGAGAUUUGUCUGAGAGUGCAAUGUUUAAUCAAUGAUGAUGGAAGAUACAGAUGGGGUUGUUUCGUGAGGUGCAAAGUGCGUCUCUCUUUGAACGUACAUUUUUCUUUAACUUGGGCCCAAGAUUUGGAUGUAGACUAGUGAACCAAUGAAGGGAAGAGAUAAUAUAAUCUCUGGAGACCAAUGGGUUGAAAGUCUGGUUUUGUAAAGUGUGCAUAUCGUUCCUUUAUGUUUGCACUCUAAUCCCCCUCUAAGUGUCUCAUCUGCUUAUCUAUUUUUCUUGGUGCUUCCCAUCCUUUGACCUACUCUUGAAUGGAAUUGAGUUUUAAGCGCUAUCAAGUGGUAAUAGUGUAUAUUCAGGGAAGGAGGAAUAGGGUUUCCUACCCAUUCCAUAUGUUCUUGGUCUGCUGCUGCUGAGAAUUGUCGGAGCCAAACAACGACCUCUCCAAUAUUUCCUCGGUUCUAGUACUGUCCAGUGGAGACAGGUGGUUCUUUGCUCAACAGAUGGAGAACAAAAGUUUUUGAAGCACUCUAUGAGGUCCUUUUCUGUGAUGGAGGGGAAUGCAAAGACUCUAAUGCAGUGGGACUGGGGGAAUUUGGUGACAUUUAAUGGAAGAACAAAUGGGAUUCCUAAGCCGGUACAACUGACAGAUUGGGAAAUUGAAGGAGUUGACAGCGGGUCCAUCUAUUCAUCUGCUGGUGGUGGUUGUUCAGGAUCUGAUUUGGGACAUGGCUACUCAUCUAUGAGCUCAGUCUCGGCCUCUGUUGAUUCUUCAUUGAAGCAGGCGACAAAUAUAUCCAAGAGCAAUAGUGAGAGAGGUGAUGCUCUCCCCAAAAAAUUAUCCAAAAGGAAAGAAUUUCCCAGGUUGGAAGAUACUGGCUCUUCUCCAACACAUGACCCUUCAGUUGGCUCUGGUGAGCCAGUGAUUGGGUUAAGGCUUGGUAAACGAACAUAUUUUGAAGAUAUUUGUGUUGGGAGCAACAAUAAGACCUCAUCUUUUUAUGUCACACCUACUACAUCUAUUAUGACGACAAAGAGAUCCAGGGCAUCUUAUCAGAAUACGCUGAACCCCCAUUGCCAAGUAGAAGGUUGCAACCUUGAUCUCACAUCAGCAAAAAGUUACCGUCGUAGGCAUAGAGUCUGCGAAAGCCAUUCCAAAUGUCCAAAGGUUAUUAUUGCUGGUCUGGAGCGCCGAUUCUGCCAACAAUGUAGCAGGUUCCAUGACCUGUCCGAGUUUGAUGCAAAAAAGCGAAGCUGUCGUAGGCGUCUCUCUGACCACAAUGCACGUCGGCGCAAGCCACAACCAGAGGAAAUCCAAUUCAAUUCCACUGGGUUGUCUUCAUCAUUUUAUGGUCCAGAAGCAUCUGGAGCUUCUGGCUUAGAUGCAUCAUCGGAUCUUCGGCGUGCUCUCUCUCUUCUGUCAACUAGUUCAUGGGGUUCAGGUGACCCUGAACCCACCUCUCUUGACAUGCUCAUGCAUGCAGACCAAACCAACAUGGCCCAUCCAGUGAUGCAUAUGGCUCCACAAACCUUCCCUCUUGCUUCAUCAGGAUACUGGCUAGCCGAACAUCAGCAUACUGAGUCUCGGGUGCCUACGUUGAACUUGCAUAAUAGAGGCAGCCAAUUCCAAGAGUUUCAUCGGUUCAAAUCACCAGGUGUACCUGGUUUAUUUUAUUCCAAUCAUGUGAACUGAUUACUGGAUCCCAGACAGAAAACUACCUGCCUAAGCAUUAAAAGGUUAGUGAAUUCUGAUCCUCUCCCCAUUUCCCCCCCCUUGACCAUUACCUUUCUAAAAUUUUGUCAUGUAGUCC